UCAUUUCCGCUUCCGGUAUCAUUUCAGCUUGCAAGUGACGUGCUUACGUGUUGAUGUGUCUAUAAAAUUAAAUACAGAACAUUAUACUUAAUCUAUGAGUAAAAAAUAGUUAGAAAACAUUUAUUUGAUUUAAAGUUAAGUGAUUUCUUAUAAUUAAGUAACAGAUAACCUUAUACAAUGGUAGGUUCUAGAGUUUAUGUUGGUGGUCUGCCGUUUGGUGUCAGGGAGAGAGAUCUUGAGAAAUUCUUCAAAGGAUUUGGUAGAAUUAGAGAUAUACUCAUCAAGAAUGGAUAUGGUUUUGUUGAAUUUGAAGACUAUAGAGAUGCAGACGAUGCCGUAUAUGAAUUAAAUGGGAAAGAACUACUUGGAGAAAGGGUCGUGGUGGAGCCGGCGCGAGGCAUCGACCGCAGCGCGGACCGCUACCGGCGCGACCGCCACUACGAACGCGACCGCGGCCGGUCGCGAUACGAUGACUACAAUUACAGAUACGGACCGCCGACGCGUACGGAGUAUCGGCUAGUCGUCGAAAAUCUGUCUAGCCGCAUUAGCUGGCAGGACUUGAAGGAUUAUAUGCGACAGGCUGGUGAAGUGACUUACGCCGAUGCUCAUAAGCAACACCGAAAUGAGGGCGUGGUGGAGUUCGCCACCCACUCGGACAUGCGCGCCGCUAUAGAGAAGUUGGACGGCACUGAGCUGAACGGACGCCGCAUCCGGCUUGUGGAGGAUCGCCGCUCGUCGCGUCGCCGCACCCGCUCGUCGUCUAGUCGUUCCCGCUCACGCUCUCGUGAGCGUCGUCGCUCCAGCCGGUCCCGUUCGAAGUCCCGCCCGAAGAGCAAGAGUCCCGCAGCAAAGUCCCGCUCUCGGUCCCGAUCAAAGGAGCGCAGCGGGUCGCGGUCGCCGUCGCGUAAGUCGGAGCGCGGCUCCCCGGCGCGUAAGCCGGACCGCCGCUCCGCGUCCCGUAAGUCCGACCGUCGCAGUGCGUCGCGACAGUCGCGCGGCCGCUCGCCGCCGCGCAAGUCGCCCGACAGGAACGGCCGCCGCUCCGAGUCGCGCUCCAAGUCGCGCUCGCCGAAACACGACUCCAAGGAAAGGUCCCGAUCGCGCAGCAAAGACGCCGGCUCGCCCAAACGUGAAGAGGAACGCCGCGGCGGGACCAAGUCCCGCUCUCGUUCGCGGGACCGCUCGAUGUCCCGCGACCGGUCCGUGUCCCGGGACAGGUCCCGCUCGGGCUCCCCGCGACACAACGGGGACAACCAGGACCGCGGGGGGAGCACCGACCGCUCGCCUCGCAGUGGAGACUAAUAUAUUGAUAAGACUAAAAGUACUCAUUCACGUUGUUAUACACAAUUUCUCCCCCGAAUAUGGACUUGUUAGGAGAAAAAUUUUCUAAUAUUGGAUAUAUAAAAGUUUAUUUUUUAAAAUAAUAUUUGAACUACCUUCUUUUUUUGACUACAUAUUAUAAAAAAAGGAAAUUUAACAAUAAUAAUAUUUCUCCUUUCUAAUAUUUUGGUCAGUUUUUUUUUGGCUUUCAUUCCUCCCUUGAUUGUAUAGUAUAGCUCCAUACAAGUGUAAUUUAAUGAAAUUUGGUAUAACUGAUAGAAAAGUUUUUAUAAUGUGAUACUUGGUAAUGUAAAAUUAAAAAUUUAAGAAAAAUCGUACAUUGUAACAAAUUUGCCAAAUUAUGGGCUGUACAAUAAUUGAUGAUUUUCUGAAAUUUUUAAUCAUUAAAAUUAUCUUUUUUUGCAUUCAUCUAACUGUUUAAUAUUUUUCUUGCCAAGCAAUAUAUAUAAAAUUAAAAAUCCAUAGGAGAAAUAUUAGUGUAACAAACAGUGAUAAAAUUUUAUCUCUAUAUUCGGGGGAUAAAAACGAAUUUGUAGUAACGUGACAGUACAUUUAAUAUAUUAACUAUAAGAUGCCCGCGACUUGGCACGCGAAAGAAACACUGACUCUUCUAACUUCAAAGAAUAGAUUUUCGUAAAAAAAAGUUCAAUUUUUCAUUUCCCCGCCAUUGAAAUUUUCAAAAAUAAUGUGAUUUUCUAUCACUAAAUACUACUUGUUAUCAAACUUCCAAUAGUUUUGGCGGGGAAUGUUGUUAUAACAGCCAGUCAGUUAUCUUUUAUAUAAUAUAUAGAUAUGUUAGUUAUAAUGACAUAGCACGUAUGAUCUCGUGACCUAUCUUUUUUCGAUUUAAAAUACUAAAUUAUACAACAAAUAUUUCUCAAAUGCGAUCUAAAGUAUCUUUCUACGCACACAAUAUGUAACUCAACAAUGUCACUCACUAUAACUGACAUAAAUGACACCAUAGCAAUAAAAUUGUACAUUUUCAAAAAUACUUGUAGCCUCAGACUAAUUAGAUAAGGACUUGCCUCGCUAGACGUUACUUUUCUGUCAAAGUAUAUGAUCAACGAUCUAAUGCGAUGAUAAAAACUGUAGAAACAAUGUUUCAUAGCUGUAAUCGUAAAAGAGGUCCGUAAAACUUAGUCAUCCUUUUUGUGUAGUUGAAUUUAAAGUUUAGUAUAUAGCUACUUAAUCUAAGCUCAUUAUUCUCACGAAAUGACAGACAAUUUUGUUCGUGAAUUUGGGUGCGAUACUAGUCCUUAUGUAAUUAGUCUGAGUUUGUUGUUACCCACACGGGAAAAUCUCCGUACCGUGUUAGGCACAAAUGAACCAACAAGGGAAAAUUUUACUUUAAAGUCUAGAAAUAUACUGACUCACGUUUGAGAAAAUUGUAUAACCUUGAAAUUUGCCUCUUGAAAAUGUUGACUUAUUAAUUGAACCAAAAACUUCAAUAAAUUCAAUCAAAUUACUCCAUACAUAUUAGGUAAUAUGUAAGUGAAAUGGAAUCGUAUGUCAUGGAAUGGAACGAGUAAAUCGUUUCGUAACGUAACGCGUUACGGCGCCACUCUGGCUCCUCUUUCUCAUCUCUAUCUGUAAACACGAUGUUAGACAGAGAGUUUUAGAGACGAAUACUAGUCUCACACAGUUGAGGUAUAAAAACAUCUUUACAGAAUAAAGGUACUGACUUGACACCCGUUUUAGGGACUCUUUAAAUACAAAGAUAUUAUUACUACUACUAAACCUACUUGAAAUAAACCAAUUUGCUAAUCAAAUUGGUUAAAGUAUGCUUAGUUUACAAAUUGAAACGUAAAGUUUACGAUGAAAUGUAAUUGUUAAAUAUUUUGUGAUUGGUUGAACGAAAGCCUGAAACGCUUUCUGGUUCUUGGUAUUCGACUUCUCUUUACUUGAUGCGAAUCACUAUUUAGAUUUAAAUUAUUGUCUUUGUGGGCUAGUGAAUUGUAAAAUUAAAAUAUUUUGAAUGUCACAUUUUUGACGUAAGAUUUAAUUUAAAUUGCACGUAAUAGAAAUAAGUGGUGGAAAGAGAACUUUUAUGUACUUUUCUAAGGAAAUAUGAAAUGGGUAAAAUAUGUUUAUUGCCUAUAUUAUUAUGUGCAAUUCUUAAUACUUUCAUUGGAUCAAUAAGUUUUAACAAGGAUAUUUUUUUUUAUUUUAAGGUAUUUUGUAAAUACUGUUUCGAUUGUAAGGCUCCAAAUAAAUAGAUAAGUUUAA